CAUCCUCGCUCCACCGAGCACUCAAGAAAAAAUCCAGCGAUUCUCGAAGUCUGAGCCCACUAAUCCAUCCACUGUGCGAGGAAUCAACCGAGGAAGAACAACAAGAAGCCAUGGCUGAGCUGCUGUUCGCCCCCGCCGUCACCGGCCUCCUCCACCUGCCGGAAGUUCUGGACCUACUCGCCGCCGCGGACAGUGACCAGCGCGGCAACGCCCACCACCACCACGCGGCGCACGGGCAUGGACAGCAUCGCGCACACGGCGUCGGUGCUGGCGGCGGCGCGCCUGUGGACAUCGUGGAAACCCCCGGCGAGUACGCCUUCCUGCUCGACGUCCCCGGCCUCUCCAAGUCCGACAUCCAGGUGACUCUGGAGGAGGACAACGUGCUGGUGAUGAAGAGCGUUAACGCCAACGGCAACGGCGCCGGCAACCCCAACGGCGCGGGGAAGCGGAAGCGGGACGACGAGGAGGGCGACUGCAAGUACAUCCGGCUGGAGCGGCGCGCGUCGCCGCGGUCGUUCGUGCGCAAGUUCAGGCUGCCGGAGGACGCGGACGCGGGCGGCGUCACCGCGCGCUGCGAGAACGGCGUGCUCACCGUCACCGUCAAGAAGCAGCCGCCGCAGGAGAAGAAGCCCAAGUCCGUCCAGGUCGCCAUCGCGUGAUCGAUCCAGAGCUUGCUACGGAGCAUUUUGGUAGUACUUCAGUGUCGUCAGUGUAGCGGUAGUUAAGUUCGUGGCGGGAGGAGGGUUCUCUUGUGCUGCUGCCGUGCUCCUCUGUUCGUGAUAUUGCUGGGGACUAGGUGUUGUAGUUGUCUCCCGUGAAUGUAGCUGUGGUAUGGAACUAGUAGGGAAAGAACGAAUCAGACGUGUUUCGUGCUUUGAAUGUGUACUGUUCGUGCA